UGGCGGCGGCUUCGAAUGCGGCCUAGGGCGCGGGUGUCCGGCUUCCUGGUGGCCGUUCCCCGACCGCCGCUCUCCGAGACUCCGCUCACUGGCCUCGCUCCGGGACGCUGUCGCUCGGCCUGAGAACUUCCCGUCCCCGCCAGAUCCGAGGCGGCGGCGGCCGGCGAACUGGGGGCGGCCGGGCCCCGCCGUGGUCGCCAUGGCAUGCAGUCUGCAGAAGCUCUUUGCUGUGGGAGAGGAGUUUGAAGACGAGGAUUUCUUGUUGGCCGUGGAGGAUGCCGAGAGCCGUUGUGCUGGCCCAUGGCCCGUGAGAACUGCAUGCCUGCGCCCUGGCCCGUCCAGGCCCCCGGACGGUGUGUCCGGGCAGCUGCCGGCCUGUCCCCCUGCACCUUCAGAGGCUUCGGGCCUGCCAGCCCUGGGUCUCCGCCUUCCAGCAGUCAGUCUGCAGAGAGCUCAGGCGUCUGUGGGAACAGCUGCUCUCAGGCCCGAGUCUCCUCCCUGCGCUCAGCAGAAAGGGACCCUUUCCAGAGUGGGAGCCCCGCCCUUGGCCCCCCGCCCCAGGCUCACAUUUGAGAGCCAGCAGCCGGGGCUUGGUGAUUUCGAGGGCCCAGAGCAAGAUGAAUUUGAUAAGGUGCUGGCAGACAUGGAGCUGGACGGGCCUGGCCUGGAGCCGACAACGCCUGGCCUCUGCAGGGAGGCCCCAGGAAUCCUGCCGAGGGAGGACGUGCUCGCGGCUCCACAGGCCCGGGGCGCCGAGCGGAGCCAGUCUUUUCUACGGGGGCCCAGGUCUGCUGCUCACACCACGGGCAGCGUCCCAGCCCACCACAAGCCCCCAGCUCCACGUGUUUCUUGGGAGACCACUCAGCCUCCCUGGAGGCCCAGUGCUGUGGGUGCCCCAAAUGCCGUGGGUGCCCCAAAUGCCUCGGCGGCUCCCGCUCAGCGCGCCCGCCUGGAAGCCUGGCCCCCAGAGCCCCCUUUUCGGGCCCCUCGGCUGCCUCAGACUGCUGGUGGGGCCCUUCGGAGCAGCCCGCGAGGUCACCUCCCCAGUCAGCCCUGCCCGUCUCCAACGGCGGGGCCGGGCAGCAGACCUGGCUGUCCCCGGCUGCGGGCUCCGGGCACUGCCGCCUCAUCUCCCUCCGUGCCGGGCCUCAGGGCUUCCGCCCGGGGCCCCUUCCCACUCAGCGCCCCCAGACCCUGUGGCGACUCUCCUGUCAGGACCCCAAAAGGCCCCCAGGCAGCUCUGCAGACUCCCAUAGUGACUAACCGCCUGGUCCAGCUGGUCAGCGCUGCCAAUCGGACGCCGCAGCAGCUGCCCCGCCCUGGCCCCCACGCCAAGGCCCGCCGCUUCCCUGGCCCCGCCGGUGUCCUGCCCCACCAGCACAGUGGGAAAAAUCUGGAGGAGAUCAUGGUCUCCACGCCCCAAACCCCAGCUCACGGGGCGCUGGCUAAGCUCCGGACCAAGGUGGUUAGCAGUUCUCAGACGUCGGUGGAAGAGGAUUUUGGGCGUGGGCCCUGGCUGACCAUGAAGUCGGCGCUGGGCCUGGAUGAGAGAGACCCCGCCUGCUUCCUGUGCGCCUACAGCAUCGUCAUGGUGCUUCGAAAGGCAGCUCUGAGACAGCUCCCCAGGAACAAGGUCCCCAGCAUGGCCGUGAUGAUCAAGUCCCUGACCCGGAGCACAGUGGACGCCAGCGCCGUGUUCAGAGACCCCACGGGGGAGAUGCAGGGCACGGUGCAUCGGCUGCUGCUCGAGUCCCGCCACAGUGAGCUGAAGCCAGGCUCAGUGCUGCUGCUCAAGCAGGUCGGCGUGUUUUCUCCUUCACUCCGGAACCACUACCUCAACGUGACGCCCAGCAACCUGGUCCGAGUUUACUGCUGCGACACCAGAGACGGGGGCUUGGGCACGGAGCCCGCAGACUCCCAGGGCGGCCUCCUCCAGGACGAGACCGGGAAGCCUGAGGAAGGCCUCGCCCCAGCCCGGGCCCCGGAGCCCGGGGCAGCCCCUGAGGAGGAGCUGCCCGAAGCAGAUGACCUGGACGGGCUCCUGAGCGAGCUCCCCGAGGACUUCUUCUGCGGGACCAGCACCGGGCAGCCGCCCUGAGCCUCACCGCCGUCGGGCAGCCUCUGCGGGUCAGGUCACGGCCACGGGCAGCUGGAGGAAAGACCGGGCUGGAGCUCGUGGUCACGCCCCAAGCACGCUGCACACUGCUGUCACUUUGGCCGUCCUCUUGGUGCACCGGAACCAGCUUGCCUGCCCUCCUCCGGGCCACCCCCUGCCUGCAUGGGACUGUGGAAGAGGCUGGACAGCCACAGCCCCGAAAAGCAGUGCCAAGACCCUGGCCCAGGAAAAGGCCACACACGGACUUGUCCUUCUGAGAGGCCCAGUGCCCAAGCUCGCCGGUGCCAGGCCCUCCCCGCUGCCGGGCCCGGCUGCGUCUGAUGCCUGGUUCGCCCCUCUCCUUGAUAUCGGCUCUGCCUGUGUGUUCAUUUUGGUCUGUUUGUGGAGGGUUUGGGACACACCUAGUGAUAUUCAGGGCUUACUCGUGACUCUGCACUCAGGGAUCGCUCCUGGCAGGCCCGAGGGACCGUACGAGGUCUCGGAGAUCAAACCUGGGUCGGCUGCGUGCCAGGCAAAUGCCCUACCCGACGUCCUGUCUCGCAGCUUCUGCCCGGUGUGCUUUUGGCCCAGGCAGAGCCGCCUUCUCCUUUUGUUUCUUCUUUGCCUUUUUCCUUCUGUAGUUUUUGGGCCACAUCCGGCUGUGCUGGGGCUUACUCCGGACUGCUCAGGGACCACUCCUGGCGAUUCUCAGGACCAUCUGCAAUGCUGGGGGGUCAAACUGGAGCCCCCCGCAGACAAGACACGCACCUUACACCUUCCUGGGCCCUGCUUAUAUUUCUGUCUCAAUAAAUUUCCUCGAAGAUAGUUUCCGGUAUUUAGCAGUAGCAUGACACUACAGGGGACCCCCCUUGCGCAUCUCCCCUAGGCUCCCCCUUACUUAUGUGGCCGGCGUGGAUAAGCAGUUCUUUCACAUCACCAUGAACUUGCUCGGUUUCCCUGCUCUCCCGGGAUCCUGAGGGGCUUUGUGCUUGGGGGUCACACUGGCGGUACUCAAGGAUCACUUCCUGGCUGGCUUGGGGGACUACCUGGAGUGCCUGGGAUCAAUGCAGCUUGGCUGUGUGCAAGGCAAGCGCACUGCACUGCCUGCUGCGCUGUCACCUCCCCCUCACCCACUAGUACUCAGGGAUGCACCUACUGGCAUGUUGUUUGCAGGUCACUCCCAGCAGUGCUCAGGAGACCAUCUGGUACUGAGGAUCAAACUGGCCCCCACAUACAGAGCAGGUGCUCAGCCCUUUGGGCAUCUCCCCUACCCAGGUAUGCUGAGUUGUGCUUUGCAGGGAGUGUCUUCCCUGUAGACUAUUGCUCCAGCUUCCCUUGUUUGGUUUUGGUUUUGGGGUCACAUCUGGCACUGCUCAGGGUCUACUGCUGGCAGUGGUGGGGACCACACCAAGAUGGGGAUCAAACAGAUCAAUCAGCCAUUCCAAGGCAAGUGCCUUAGCUACUAUGCUGUCUCUGGCCCCUGGAAUUGAAUUUUGUGACUAGCCCGGGGUUGAGUGCCUGGGGGAGGAUGACCCCAGGGAUAUGGUGUUAUCCCCACAUCAGAUCAAGGGUUGGUGUUGACCCUGACUGACCCUGACUGGGCUGUCAAAGGUCUAAUACUCCCAAGUGGCCUAUCUUGCUUUCCUUUCUGGAGUGAGAAGAUUCUAACUGGUGCUGGAGGGAUGCGGGUUCAAGGUCUCAACCUGAGCCCCGACCCCAGCCUCACCCAUCACUUAGCAGCAGUACAGGGUCCUCUGAUGGGCCUCAUACUGCUCUGGAGAGGUGUCAGCCUGCCCCUCCCCAAAGCAGCUACUGCCCUGGAGCCCAUCUGAAGGCUGAAGUGCGGAGAGGCUUUAAGAACUCCACCGUUAGGGCUGGAGCAAUAGUACAGCAGGUAGGGCAUUUGCCUUGCACGCAGCCAACCCGGGUUUGAUCCCUAGCAUCCCAUAUGGUCCCCCAAGCACCUCUAGGAGUAAUUCCUGCAUGCAGAGCCAGGAGUGACCCCUGUGCAUCAACAGGUGUGACCCAAAAAGCCAAAAAAAAAAAAAAGCCUCCACCUUCAGGUGCCAGAGAGACAGCAAGAGGGUGAGGCUUUGCUUUGCACGCGGUUAACCUGGGUUUCAUACAGUCUCAAGCAUCGCCAGGAGUUAUUCCUGAGUAGAGCCAAGAGUAACACCGAGCACUGCUGGGUGUGGCCCCAAAAACAAAACAAACAACCCUCCACCUUCGGAUGGAGAGAGCUCAGCAGGCCCAGUGCCUGCUCUGCGUGUGGGAGGCCCCAGUUAGCUCCCUGGCGCCGUUGGGCAUGGCCAAGAACUCCACAUUCAAAUCGGGAGAGCCCUGGACCCGACCCUUGAUACACAAAGCAUGAGUGACAGGUGGAAAGAGAAAACUGGACCACGGCAGGGAAAGGAAAUGGGCGCUCUGGUGGAGGGUGUGGUGGCGGAGCACAAUACCCUAAGACCCUGCCAGUCAAAUAUUGUAGGUGGGGGCACUUAAACAAAAGUUAGGGACGGAGCAAUAGCACAGUGGCCUUGCACGCAGCCAACCUGGGUUCAAUCCCCUGCAUCCAAUAUGGUCCCCCAAGCACCGCCA